AUGUCUUCUUCGUCACGCAUGAAAGGUCUGGCGCAGCAGAUCUCUGUUUCCACAUCGAUUUUGACCGACUUCUUCUCCUCCAACGGCCUUCCGGAACCUUCGUUUGACAAAGAUGCCGCUCUCCAGAUUCCUGACUGCCCGGAAGAAAUUCAGAUCGCCCGUCGAAAUCUGCGUGAAGCCGCACAAGAACUAUACGCUUUGGCGACCGGACCAAGCGAGCAUCUGAGAUGGCUGGCCUGCUACUACCAUGAUUGUUCUAGUCUGCGUUGGAUUUAUCACUUCAACAUCGCGGCCCUCGUACCGUUAGACGGCACCAGGAGUUACGCAGAAAUUGCGUCGAGCGCUGAUGUGGAUGAAGGCCGUCUUCGACGAAUCCUCCGUCAAGCCAUGACGAAUAGGAUCUUUUGCGAACCUCAAAAGGGUUUCGUGGCGCAUACUGCGGCGUCCAGUGCUCUUAUCCGCGACAAGGGGACCUUGAAUUGGGUGGGCUAUACGUUAGAGGAGUCCUUCCCAGCCUCGACCAAGUUGGUCGAAGCAACCAAGAAGUAUGGGCCUUCUGAAGAAAAGAACCAUUCUGGCUGGAAUCUUGUUUUCGAUACUGAGCUCCCAAUCUUCGAGUACCUGUCGAACCAUCCAGACCGCGCCAACAGGUUUGCCGAAACUAUGGAGGCGUUGACCAGUACAGACGGUUAUAACGUCCGUCAUCUACUGAAUGGUUAUUCCUGGGAAGAGUUCACCCUGGGCACUGUCGUUGACGUCGGAGGGUCUAUUGGCCAUGCCAGCAUCGCGGUCGCCGAAAGAUUCCCAAAUCUCCACUUCAUUGUCCAGGACCUUCCCGACAUUGUUGCGUUAGGCGAGCAAAGGCUCCCUCCUGGUUUGAAGGACCGGGUCUCGUUUCAAGUCCAUGAUUUCUUCACUCCGCAGCCGGUCCAAGGUGCCGAUGUGUACUUUCUCCGAUUUAUUUUGCACGAUUAUUCGGACACCCAUGCGACGCUCAUCCUGAAGAAUCUGCUCCUUGCAUUUAAACCAAAUUCAAGAUUAUUGGUGAUGGACGGGGUUUUACCAGAGCCAGGCAGCAUGCCAACAAGUGAGGAGCGGCUUAUUCGCGUCAUGGACCUGGAAAUGAUGACAAACUUUAAUGCCAAAGAGAGAGACCUAGACGACUGGCGCAAUCUUUUCGUCAAGGCUGAUCCGAGGCUGAAAGUGGUCAAGGUGGUCAAACCUCCAGGAAGCGUCAACUCGAUAAUCGAGGCGGCGCUUGAAGAAGGCGAUUGA